AACCAUGUCCAGACUGACUCAGCUGGAGAGACUGGACUUAGGAAGUAAUGAAUUCACAGAAGUGCCUGAAGUACUGGAACAACUGAGUGGGUUAAAGGAAUUUUGGAUGGAUGGUAAUAGACUAACACUUAUUCCAGGGUUCAUAGGAACUUUGAAACAACUGACCUACUUGGAUGUUUCUAAAAACAACAUUGAAGUAGUUGAAGAAGGUAUUUCAGGUUGUGAAAGCUUGCAAGACCUACUGUUAUCCAGUAAUUCACUUCAGCAACUGCCAGAGUCUAUUGGUUCCCUGAAGAAGGUAACAACACUUAAAAUUGAUGAAAACCAGUUAAUUUAUUUGCCAGACUCCAUAGGAGGGUUAAUAUCAGUAGAAGAACUGGACUGUAGUUUCAAUGAGAUUGAAACAUUGCCUUCGUCAGUUGGGCAGCUCUCUAAUAUAAGGACGUUUGCUGCAGAUCAUAACUUUUUAACACAGCUGCCAUCAGAGAUUGGAAACUGGAAGCAUGUAACAGUGUUGUUUCUGCAUUCUAAUAAGCUUGAAUUUCUCCCUGAAGAAAUGGGUGAUAUGCAGAAAUUGAAAGUCAUCAAUCUGAGUGACAAUAGACUGAAGAAUUUGCCGUUUACCUUUACAAAACUGCAACAGCUCACUGCUAUGUGGCUAUCAGACAAUCAGUCUAAACCACUCAUCCCUCUUCAAAAAGAAACUGAUCCUGACACACAGAAGACAGUGCUUACUAAUUACAUGUUCCCCCAGCAACCAAGGACUGAGGAUGUUAUGUUCAUAUCUGAUAAUGAAAGUUUCAAUCCAUCUCUGUGGGAGGAGCAGCGUAAACAGCGUGCUCAGGUGGCAUUUGAGUGUGAUGAAGACAAAGAUGAGAGAGAGGCACCACCUCGGGAAGGCAACCUGAAGAGAUAUCCAACUCCAUAUCCUGAUGAACUGAAGAAUAUGGUCAAAACAGUCCAGACAAUUGUACAUAGGCUAAAGGAUGAAGAAUCUACUGAAGAUAUUGCUAAGGAGUCUAAACGAGAAAGCCAGACAGUUUCUGUAAAAGAUGUGGGGGUAAAGACUUCAGAAAUUGCUUCGAUAAAGAACAAAGCAGAUGAGAGAAAGCAAUAUUCAGCAGGUUUUUUUGGAAGCUCUGUGCAGAAGCCUACUGAACCAGAAGCUGAGCACAGCACUGCAAAUUCACAGAUGACUGCACUUGUUAAAACCUUGCAGAACACAAAAACAAUUGUCAACCAUGAAGACACACUCGAGGAGUCAGAAGAACUCUCCUCUGAUGAAGAGAUGAAGAUGGCAGAAAUGCGACCACCGCUGAUAGAAACCUCCAUAAACCAACCAAAAGUAGUAGCUCUUAGCAAUAACAAAAAAGAUGAUUCAAAAGAUGCUGAUUCCUUAUCAGAUGAAGCUACCCACAAUAGCAAUCAAAAUAACAGUAACUGUUCCUCUCCUUCUCGAAUGUCAGAUUCCGUUUCCUUAAAUACUGACAGUAGCCAAGAUAUUUCUCUCUGUUCUCCAGACAAAGAAACACAUGCUGCUGUUUUAUCCAAGAUCAGGCCAGAAGAUGAAAAUUUGAAUAGUCUUUUGCAAAAUGGAGGUGAAUUGAGCAUUACUGUGGAAGAAAAGAUAAAUGUGCAAGAGAAGGUUACAAAUUUGUCUGAAUAUGAAUUAAGCAUUGAAGAAAGAUUAGGCCUAAUAGGAAAAAGUGUUGAUCUGAGUAGUCCUACAGAGGAAUCUCACAAAUUAGAUGAAAUAAACAUGAAUAUCAAAAAACUGGUUAGUGAAGAGACAGCACCAGUUCCUGUAGAAAGGUUACAAACACAGGAAAUAGUUUCAGUAAAGGGCUUUUUGAAUAACAACACGAAAGAAGAAAGUGAGCACUUGGAAAAUGGAAAUAAAUAUCUUAUAAAUAAAGUAAAUGGACAUCCUGAGGAAGCAGUACAGUCUCCCAGUAAAGAUGAACUAACGAGAAGCACUACAGCUGAUGGCAGUUCUACUGAGCUAUCUGUUUCAAGGAGCACUGAAGACUUAUCCCCACAGAGAAGUGGUCCUGUGAUGAAAUCUCUGAGCAUCACCAGUAUGGACACUGGUGGUCUGAAAAUCUAUGAUAUUGUCAAUGAGAAUGGAUCUCCACAGCCAAACUCAGUGGUAAAAUCAGUAUCUGAUAGUGCAGAUGGAAAAAACAUAGUCCGAAGUAAAUCUGCUACUCUUCUGUAUGAUCAGCCUUUGCAGGUUUUUCCUGGGUCAUCAUCAUCAUCAGAUUUAGUAUCUUCUACAAAAACCGUGUUCAAGUUUGACUCAAAUCACAAUCCUGAAGGUGGUAACGUAGUGAGAGGAUCAGUGACAAGUGGUGCACAGAUGUUCUGCGCUCCCCAGUAUAAUAUUCAGUACAGCAGCAGUGCAGCAGCGAAAGACACCUUGUGGCCCCAGAAACAAAACACCCAAGUAGAACAAGGUGGCUUACCUCCUUCACGUCUGCUUAGGUCUGACAGUACAGAAACCCCCAGCUAUGUAAAGCAUUCUGCCAAUAUGAAUUUCUCUAAUCAUAACAAUGUCCGAGCCAGUGCUGUGUAUAACACUCAUCAACGGAUGGCUGGGAGACAUAUAGAUAUGUGGGCUGUUCCACCAAAUGAUAGGCUGCUCCCAGGAGCAACCAGACACACUCUUCAAAGGCAGAGCAGUGUGUCUUCAGCAGUUUCUGUAAACGUUGGGGAUACUGGACCUUCAAGGCGCACCCAGGUACCUGAAGGGGACUAUUUAACGUACAGAGACUUGCAUUCGAUGGGAAGAGCUCCACCAGUAAUGUCUGGGCAACAGAGACCUCUUUCUGCCAGGACAUACAGCAUUGAUGGUCCAAAUGUACCCCGACCACAGAGUGCUCGGCCAUCAGUGAAUGAAAUACCAGAAAGAACUAUGUCAGUUAGUGACUUCAAUUACUCACGGACUAGCCCUUCAAAGAGGUCAAACCCGAGGGUUAACUCUGAGCACUCGUUAUUAGACCCUCCAGGAAAAAGUAAAGUCCCUCAUGACUGGAGGGAACAGGUGCUGCGACAUAUUGAAGCUAAAAAGUUAGAAAAGAGCAUGCUGUCUAGGUCCUUUAAUUCCAAUUACGCUGCAGUUAGCAGCUUUCACUAUGGCAGCUCUAGGGAUCUGCAUGGCAGCCAGGGUAGUGUUGCCUUGAGUGUUGCAGACGGAAGAGGUUCUGGUGUGCACAUUGUUCGACAUCCCCAGGCUUCUACUCUAGGAGACCAAUGCCAGGAUGAAGUAUUCAUGUCAGGACAGCAAAAUUACUCAUCUGCCACACUUAGUCUCAAAGAUGCUCCUCUGGACAGCAUGAAGAAAAUAGCUGUACAGAUACCUUUGACAAAUGGACAGAUGUGCCAGCCUCAAAGACCUCAGGCAAACUACAGCCAAGUCCAUCAUCUCCCUCCUCAAUCAUCAGUCGCAAGACAUCCAUCUAGAGAGCAACUGAUUGAUUAUCUGAUGUUGAAAGUUGCCCACCAGCCUCCCUAUGCCCACUCCCAAUGUUCUCCCAGACAAAGCCACGAGUUGGCAAAGCAAGAGAUUCGAGUGAGAAUUGACAAGGAUCCAGAACUUGGAUUUAGUAUAUCAGGAGGAGUUGGUGGUAGAGGGAAUCCAUUCAGACCUGAAGAUGAUGGUAUAUUUGUAACUAGAGUGCAACCAGAAGGACCAGCAUCUAAGUUGUUGCAGCCUGGAGAUAAAAUAAUUCAGGCUAAUGGAUACAGCUUCAUCAAUAUUGAUCAUGGACAAGCAGUAUCUUUGCUAAAGACUUUUCAGAAUGCAGUGGAACUCAUAAUUGUGCGAGAAGUUUCUUCAUAAAUACUGUGGACUGGGGGGAUAAGCCAGCAGGAUUCAUUGAAGGAUUUAUGGGAAACUGAAUAUUUUGCUUAUUUUUAUACAUGAAAGGAACUUGAAAAGAAUUAUGAUCAAAAUUUGUACAGGAAAUACUGAACUUGUGGUUAAAGGGGGAAAAACCACUGUAUAAAACGUACAGAAAAUCAUUUUGGAAAUGCAUAUGGUGAAUAAACUUGUUUUUAAGCAUUAUAGCAAUCUAAGGAUCACUCCUCCAAGAACAAACCUGUGCUGUUUUUUGUACAGAUGGUAGGUUUAUUUUUGGAUAAUUCAUACACAUUACUAAUAUUUGUGCAAGGCUUUGCAAAGCCUCGGUUGUAGCCAAUGGACAGAUGGCAGGGCUGUCUGUCCUGUAGCUGUUUAUUGCCUUUAUUUUUAUUCACCGGAUAUUAAUGCUAUGCUGAAACCACUUCUGUAGAUAUCAACAAGGGGAUAUGAAAUGUUGAUUUUGCUAUGUGCACAUUGUAUAGAUGAAUGGGUAGAUGGAAGGUGGUGCUGGUUGGACAGAAUAAAGGUCAGGUGAAACAACUAUCCACUAAAUCUGGAAUCAGGGAAGAAGAAAAAGUGUUUAGUUCUGGAGUGUACGUCUACCAAUAGAAAAUGCAAUAAAAGCUUAUGGUGUUUUUUAGGAAGACUGUAACUACAAAUUUGUGAUAUUUUACAGGAUCUGUUCUUAAUGUAGUCAUUGAAUAUUCAUUGCCACAUGUGAUUUAUGUUUAGUUGGGUUUUCUUGCAUACAUAAUUUUUUCAACUGUACUGUGGAAAUGUGCCCAGAGGUUUUUCUCUGCUGUGGAAAUCCCAAAUUUUGUGCAAAUGGUGAUUCUUUUAUCUUUAUAAAAAGUACUCCAUUUUAACCUUGUAGAUUUUUAAAAUGAAACUGAAAUGGCCAGUUUUUAAGGUUGUUGCCUGUAAUAUAUAUUUAGACACACACAAAGUAAAUUAUGCGGGAAGGGUUAUGAAAGACAUCUCGAUUUGGAUUGGCCUUUGCAUUGCCUCGUUAAUCAAAAAGGAAACCAUACACAUGGAGCUAGGUAACCAAAGCAAGUUUGUGAAACUUUGAACAGUGAUGGAGAAUUGCUGUGGUGAGAUGGAGAGCAAAGGGAUGGUGUACUCACCAGUUUGUAAUGAUGGUUCUUAAAGGGCUGUUCUACAGGUAACAUUAAAUGUGAACUAGACACUUCAGAGUCAUUAAAGGGUUUCUAACUAUAUUAAUGUAAUAGUGAUUUACCGCAGGCUGCCUUUUUUCCUUAUUACUGUAUAAAACAUUCAAUUAUGUUUCUAUUAAUUUUGUUUACCAGAAACAUUAACUUUAUUUUUCUUUCUCCAUUGUAAUGGAAUAGUGACUGCAUAAUCUGCAGUGAUAAUUAAUACACAGUUGUUAUGGACCAGGGAAAAGUGCCAUAGAAGACCAAUAACUGUUUUUAAUUAGGGCUAAUGACUAGCCUGUCACUGGAGCAAUAUUCAGUUAUUGCAGAUCAUUUUUAAUUGCAUAUAAGUUGGUGGUUUGAGACAGGUAUAAGAUGCUUUCUUCAACCCAUGUGUACAAAAGCAAAUGCUUUAAAUAAAGCUAGCAAAAACACCAGCCUCUCCUUUAGUUUUGGGACAAUGAGCUGGAAGAGAGAGGAAUUAUACAUAGCUAGCAGUAAUAAACAGGAAGUACUUUUUAAAUAAGUGAACUCCAAUAUUAUUGCACUUCUUUCAAAGAUGUUAACUAUUUCUUAUUGUACUGUGUAUAGUUCUAAUAAUUUUAAUUGAAACCCUUUAACAACUCUUUGUAUAUUUUAAUUCUUUUUAGUUGAUUUUCAGUAAUAUUUACAUAGAAAAUGAUUCUUUUGAUAUAUUAGCAGAAAUGUGCUGUAUUUUGAUAAAAUUCACUUAUUUUCUGUGUGCUGUUAAUCUUCAAAGAAAAGAAUGAGAAGCAUAGCUAUAUAAUGGCAGGCUUCAGUGUUCCCCUUCUAAGAUGUGUUUUGUUGUUUAGUUUCUAUUUUUUUACUGAAAAUGCAAAAUGUUCACAUCACAUGUUCAUUACUUUUAACCAUGUUAUUUUUAUCACACACUGCCUGCCUUUUAAAGGGAAUGCAUACAGAUAAGUCCUGAAUUACCUUGGUCUUCUACAUAACCUGUAUCUUUUGGAAGGGUAAAGUUCAAAAGGCAGAACUGAUUCUUUACUGACCUUGGACUGACUUUGUAUACAUUUUGCAGUACAUUUAAAUAUAUCACUGAGAAAUUAUACUGUAUUGUAUUUUGCUUUAAUGGUAACAGAAGUUUUAAAUGUUGUUGUGUCACUUAAUUUUCAGAUUUAUGUAUCACAGGAAAAUUCUACCAAAAAGUGUUCGGCUGUGGUAGAACCAUGGAAGUAGAGUUUUAGAGUAAGAACUUUAGUAUUUCUUGGGGAUAUACUUUGCCAAAGCUUGUCUUCGGUAAAUUAGCAAAUUAACCAUCUAAUAAAAUAUGGAUUAUGAUGAUUUUA